AAUUCAAAUAACAUAAUGGGAAACCAUACAAGAGUGACAAUGUUCAUCUUGGCAGGCUUGACUGAAGACCCAGAAUUGAAAGUUGUGUUGUUUGUCUUCCUGCUGCUAACCUAUUUGCUCAGCAUCACAGGCAAUCUCAUAAUCAUCACACUCACCCUGGUGGACAUUCAUCUAAAUACUCCUAUGUGUUUUUUCCUUAGGAAUUUUUCUUUCUUAGAAAUUUCCUACACUACCACAUGCAUACCUAAGUUUCUAGUUAUUAUGGCAACUGGGGAUAAAACUAUUUCUUAUAACAGUUGUGUUACUCAAGUGUUUUUUGCAUUCCUACUUGGAGCAUCAGAGUUUUAUCUGCUGGCGGCUAUGUCCUAUGACCGCUAUGUGGCCAUCUGUAAGCCCCUGCAUUACACAACCAUCAUGAACAGCAAAAUCUGCAUACAGCUUCUCCUCAGUUGUUGGCUUGCUGGCUUUUUUGUCAUCUUCCCACCACUGCUCUUAGACCUGAAUCUUGAAUUCUGUGCCUCCAACAUUGUGGACCAUUUCUACUGUGACACCACCCCUCUCCUGCAGAUCUCCUGCACAGACACUCACCUGCUGGAGACCAUGGGGUUCGUCUCAGCUUUGGUGACACUCUUGGUCACACUGAUAAUGGUAAUAAUAUCCUACAUGCUUAUUGCCCUUACAAUUUUAAAAAUCCCUUCAACCAGUCAGAGGAAAAAGGCAUUUUCCACAUGUUCUUCUCAUAUGAUUGUAAUAUCUCUUUCAUAUGGCAGCUGCAUCUUCAUGUAUGUGAAGCCAUCAACCAAAGAAAGAAUAUCUUUUUCCAAAGGAAUUUCAGUUCUCAAUACCUCAGUGGCUCCACUUUUGAACCCUUUCAUCUAUACCUUGCGAAAUCAGCAAGUGAAAAAAGCCUUUGUUGAUUUGGUUCGUAGGGUUGUCAGUUUCUCCAGCAAAUGA